UAAAUACAGUAUUAUUAAAUUUUAGUUCUCUAGUUUAACGUGUACUAUUAUAACAGAGAUGGAAUCUUACGAUAUCUUACGAUUUAAUACUUCUGUUAGGGUGAAGAAAGAACCCAAUGACGAGUCAUUUAUUGGAAAUGAUAAUAAAAUAGUUGACAAAACGGCGGAUACUAAAAAUUUUCAAGUCUCCCACAUUGUGCCAGAAUAUUCGCUUCAAGAAUGUAAUAAAAAUCAUGACAGUAAUCUUAAUGAUGAAUUAGAAAUAGAUUUUGAGUGUGUAGACGCAAAGCAAAACAUGAAUUUAUUGGCAGUUGAAAAAACUGAAGUUUAUUCCGAAAAUCACUGGCAACGUAUGAAAUAUGGCGACGAUUACACAAAUCAGAACAUGAUUAAAAUAGAACUUUUAGACAAGGUAAAAAAGGAAUUUGGCGACGACGACGCAAACAAAUUGAAUAUGAAUUCGGACUGCCAACUUAAAAAGCAAAAUAAAAAACAAAGAAAGACAGAAAAAUUGACCUACAAUUGUGGUGGUACACGUGGAAAAACAUUCAAAAAGAAAUCUCAUCUAAAAACUCACAUCGAUUCGGUGCAUAAAGGCAUCAAAUAUACAUGCGACAUAUGCGGAAAGACUUUUACACGAAAAGAUAAUCUUCAAGUCCACAUCGAUUCGGUACAUAAUAGUAUCACACAUGCAUGUGACAUUUGCGGAAAGUCUUUUGCACGGAAAAAUAGUCUGCGAGUCCACAUCGAUUCGGUACAUAAUAAAGUUACUCAUAAAUGUGAUAUAUGUAAGAAGACAUUCACACAUAAAAGUAGCCUCAAAUCUCACAUAGAAUCAGUGCAUAAUUGUAUCACACAUGCAUGUGAUAUUUGCAGAAAGUCUUUUAGACAAAAAAGGUAUCUGAAAAUCCACAUUAAUGCCGUACACAAUGGUAUGAGACCUACAUGUGAUGUGUGUGAAAAGACAUUCACACGAAAAGGUAAUCUCCAAACUCACUUGGAGGCAGUCCAUUAUGGUAUCACUCACUCAUGUGACUUAUGUGAAAAAAAGUAUAGAAAACGAUCCAGUCUUACGAGGCAUGUCGAAUCGACACAUGAUCAUACCUAUGCUUGCAAGACAUGCAGAAAGAUAUUUGGCAAAAAAACCAAUCUCAAAGCUCACAUGAAUAUGGCACACCCGUCGCGCAUUAUGAUCUGAUAAAUUUAUAAAAUGUAUGUUUAA